AUGGACACAUCCAUUUUCCUCACAGUUAGGCCAUCCGUUGCCCAACCGAAAGUACUCUUCUCCCCGUUUCUUCCCCCGAACCCGCUCCGCCUUUCCACCACACCAGCUUACCACCAGAGCCGUCGCCGCCGUCGUUACCGUAUACCCACAAUCCGCUCCGCCAGCAUACCCACCUCACUGUCCGCGUCAUCAUCUUCAGACCAGCCCAUCAAGGCCAUUGAGCCGGAUGUAUUUGGGGGAAAGAAAGAGCUCACGGGCUUCCAAGCCCUGGUGGAUGCAAUGUCGCCGACCGUGAGAAUUGCAAGCUCAGCCCUUAUAUUUGCUGGUGCUAUUGCUGCUGGAUAUGGACUUGGGUCCAAGUUUGGUGGGUCCCGCAACGUGGCCAUGGGUGGGGCCGUGGCUCUUGGCACUGCUGGUGCUGGAGUGGCCUACGCAUUGAAUUCUUGCGUUCCUGAAGUUGCUGCUGUCAAUUUGCAUAAUUAUGUGGCUGAUUUUGAUGACCCUGCUGCCUUGAACAAGGAAGAUGUUGAAGCAAUAGCAAAUAGAUAUGGUAUUAGCAAACAAAAUGAAGCCUUCAAUGCAGAGCUUUGUGAUAUAUAUUGCAGAUAUGUGUCUUCCAUCCUUCCUCCGGGAAAUGAAGAUCUCAAAGGUGACGAAGUUGAAACAAUCAUCAAGUUUAAGAAUGCAUUGGGUAUCGAUGAUCCAGAUGCAGCAGCUAUGCACAUGCAGAUUGGUAGGCGAAUUUUCAGACAAAGGCUUGAAGCUGGAGACCGUGAUGCUGAUCUGGAGCAGCGUCGGGCAUUUCAGAAGUUGAUAUAUGUUUCAACUCUUGUGUUUGGGGAGGCAUCUUCUUUCCUUUUACCUUGGAAACGAGUUUUCAAAGUCACUGAUGCACAGGUUGAACUUGCUGUUAGAGACAAUGCACAGCGGUUGUAUGGCUUCAAGGUUAAAUCAAUUGGUCAAGAUUUUAAUGUUGACCAGCUGGUUGCCCUCAGAGAAGCACAGCUUGCAUAUCGGCUUUCAGAUGAGCUUGCUGAGGAUAUGUUUAAAGAGCUUACAAGGAAGCUUGUAGAGGAGAAUAUAUCAACUGCUCUUAACAUAUUAAAAUCCAGGACAAGAGCAUCGGAAGCAACUCGUGUUGUUGAAGAGCUGAAUAAGGUGCUGAAAUUUAAUAAUUUGCUUAUUUCGCUGAAGAACCAUCCUGAAGCCAACCGUUUUGCUCGGGGAGUUGGGCCAGUUUCUUUGUUAGGUGGGGAGUAUGACUCUGACAAAAAAAUAGAUGACCUAAAGCUCCUAUACAGAGCCUAUGUCCGGGACUCAUUAUCAAGCGGUCGGAUGGAAGAAGAUAAGCUCACUGCACUGAACCAGUUGAGGAAUAUUUUCGGUUUAGGUAUGCGAGAAGCAGAAUCGAUUAAACUGGAGGUUACCUCAAAAGUGUAUCACAGGCAACUUGCUCAAGCUGUAUCUAGUGGUGAUUUAGCUGCUGCUGAUAGUAAAGCAGCUUAUCUUCAGAACCUCUGUGAAGAGUUGCAGUUUGAUGCGGAGAAGGCCGUUGAGAUCCAUGAAGAAAUAUACCGGCAAAAGCUUCAGCAAGCUGUAGCUGAUGGAGCACUAAGUGACGAGGAUGUUAAAGUGUUGGAAAAGUUACAGAUUAUGUUCUGCAUUCCAAGGGAAACAGUUGAAGCAGCUCAUGCAGACAUCUGUGGUAGCUUAUUUGAGAAGGUUGUUAAGGAAGCAAUUGCCGCUGGAGUCGAUGGAUAUGAUGCUGAAAUCAAGAAAGCUGUGAGAAAGGCUGCAUUUGGUUUACGCUUAACUAGAGAGGUUGCUAUGAAUAUAGCUAGCAAGGCAGUCCGUAAGAUCUUUAUUAGUUACAUCCAAAGAGCACGAGCAGCUGGUAGCCGCACGGAAUCUGCAAAAGAGCUCAAAAAGAUGAUAGCUUUCAACAGCUUGGUUGUGACAGAAUUAGUGGCAGAUAUUAAAGGCGAAUCAUCUGAUACUCCACCUGCAGAGCCCCCUGUGGAAAAGGAAGAAAAAGUGGUUGAUGAGGGUGAGGAUGAGGCAUGGGAGUCGUUGCAGUCACUUAGGAAAGUAAGACCUGGUAAAGAAAGUUUGGCAAAGAAAGGCCAGACUGAGAUAAACCUUAAAGAUGACCUACCAGAAAGGGAUAGAACUGAUCUUUACAAGACAUAUCUGCUUUAUUGUAUAACUGGAGAAGUUUAUAUCCCUCUGGGUACCCAAUUCACCACAAAGAAGGGUGAUUCUGAAUAUGCACUGCUGAACCAACUGGGAGGCAUACUUGGCUUGACUUCGAAGGAGAUUGUUGAAGUACAUAGAAGCUUAGCGGAGCAGGCCUUUAGGCAAAAAGCAGAGGUGAUUUUAGCAGAUGGACAAUUGACAAAAGCCCGAAUUGAGCAGCUCAACGAGUUGCAGAAGGAUGUUGGCCUGCCGCCACAGUAUGCACAAAAGAUUAUAAAGGGCGUCACAACAACUAAAAUGGCAGCAGCUCUCGAAACGGCUGUUGCACGGGAGGCUUAGCAUAAAGGAAAUUUGGGAACUGAGAGAGGCUGGUGUUGAAUUGGAUACACCAUGAUUUCCAAGAGCUUAAGAGAGAAUUGUAGACACUAAAUUUUUGUCAAAUUUUAAUGUUUUUUUGAAAUUUUUU